AUGUCUUUUAGUUUCAACAACAACAACCUUUUCAACACUAACAAUAACCUUAGUACAACCUUUGAUAUUGCUAAACUUGUUGGAAGUUCUCCUCAACUCAAAACUCAUGAUGAUGAUAGUUUUGAACUUGAUGAAGUAAUUUAUAACACUUGUUAUUCUGAUUUUCCACCUGGCUUUAGACCUUCAGAGUUAUUGAGUUCACCUUCUUUUCUUUCACCUUCCAAUAAUAUUCCUUCAUCUUAUACAACUGAGCCUUCUUGUGACCAAAUCACCAACCAACAACAUAACAAGGAAUUAGAAGAUAGAAACUUCUCUGAGUUAUCUUUUCAAACACAAAAACAGAACAUGCAAGAACCUUUUCAAUCUUCAACAACUAUGUAUCAAGUGGAGGAGCCAAUAAAGAAACAUGACACAUUAACAUUCAAUGAAACCAAUGCUUCUAUGUCUUUGAAAGAACAAAAAAGAUCAGAAGAAGAUGGAUACAAGUGGAGAAAAUAUGGAGAAAAACAAGUGAAAGGAAGUGAAAAUCCAAGAAGUUAUUACAAGUGUACUAAUUCAGUUUGCUUGAUGAGGAAGAAAGUUGAAAGGUCUUUGGAGGGACAUAUUAUUGAAAUUGUGUAUAAGGGAAGUCAUAACCAUCCUAAGCCUCAGUGUACAAAGAGAAAAACAAGUUCUCAAUCUAUUCAUCAAGGUUUUACAUCCAGCAACAAUUCGUUGAUUUCAGAUCCUUCUUUGGGGGAGUAUGAAUUUGAGCAAACAUCACAAACUAGUUUUUCCGGAAGAGAUUAUGAUGAGUUGGGAAUCGAGGCCAAGAGAUGGAAGGGAGAGAAUGAAAAUGAUAGCUAUCGUUAUUCCACAGAAGAGAGUAGAACAGUUCGGGAAGCUAGAGUUGUGGUUCAAACUACAAGUGAAAUUGAUAUUCUUGAUGAUGGAUAUAGAUGGAGAAAAUAUGGACAAAAAGUUGUUAAAGGAAAUCCAAAUCCAAGGAGCUACUACAAAUGUGUAAUCCAAGGUUGUCCUGUGAGAAAACAUGUUGAGAGAGCAGCACAUGAUAUGAAAGCUGUAAUCACAACAUAUGAAGGGAAACAUAACCAUGAAAUACCUCUAGGAAGAGGAAGUUCAAGCUAUAACAUGAGCAAAACAUCUCUUAACAACAACACCACAUGUAAUGUAACCCCUAUAAGGCCUUCACCAGUGACUAACUAUUCUAUCGUAUCAAAUUUCACAAAUUCACUUCAUGAUUCAAAGCUACCUAAUUCUGAAACUCAAGUACAACCUUUUCAGCUAGAUAUGAUGCUAAAUUCUACAAGCCUUUUGGACAAACCAACCGAUUCAAAUGCUGAUUAUGAACGAUACUCGGCUAAGGAAAACUCGUUCUUUCAGUCUUUUGUGUCAAAGAAUUUAUAA